AUGGGCUUGUCGAUUGCGAGUGGCCUUGGUGCAAUUUUGCAUGAAUUCUUCGCGAUGUAUGGCCCUCAAGGCUAUUCUUCCGAAGAUAUUAUUCUCUUGAUCACCAUCCCAACCUUGUGUAUUGGUCUUGGCAACUAUAUCAUCCUUCCUCUCGCACUGGCAUACGGCUUGGCCACGGGUGCCUCGGAGUCUCUUCUCCCGCUGAUGCUCACUGAGGUAACCUUUCUCCAUGAGCGCUCUAAGAUCUUUGGCCUUUACUGGAUGGCACAAAACGCGAUAUCCUCUACUAUCAACUUAACCUCGUCAUACUUGAACCAUGACCUGGGAUGGCGUUGGGAUUACUGGGUCUUCGUAAUCACUGUUGCCGUCGGAUUGGUCAUUGCGUUCUUUUUCGCUUUCGAGACACAGUUCACUCGCCAGCCCGAGUCGCUAGAUGGACAAGUCAUAAUCACGGACGAAUUUGGUGUCACUCGUGUCAUUCCCGACUCCGAAGCUCAGGUGUACCUCGAGGAGAUGGACCGGUCUGGCCUCACUGCUCCGGGCGCCAAUCAAGCGACUGAUUCCUUCGAGAGAAAGUCGUAUUUGCAGCGCAUCAAACCUUGGUCGACACCUCAUCCCCAGCCGAUGCGGGUUAUGGUCUUGAGUUGGAAGCACAUGGCGGAAUCUUUCUCGUCCCCGGGAGUCAUUUAUGCGGUGCUGACAUCUUCAAUUACUCUUGGCUGCGGUGUUGGCAUGUCACUGACCUACAACACUGUUCUGGUGACGAACUAUCACUGGAAGUCGGAUAAUGUUGGGCUGAUCAACGUUGGCGGCGUCAUUGGCGCCGUUCUCGGCAUGUUGUUCUGUACAUUCGUCGGCAAUCCCUUGGUCAUGUACCUCGCGCGCCGGAAUCGAGGCGUCCACAUCCCCGAACACCACUUAGUCGUGUUGGCCUUGCCUGCUAUCGCCGGUGUCGGAAUGCUAUUACUCUAUGGCUACACGGCAUCGAGGGGCUACACAUGGUGGGGUUCUUACAUCGGCUGGACCAUCUUCCAGUAUUCCUUUACCUCCGUUCUUAUCAUUUCCACCAGCUUUGCAUCUGAAGCCGCACCUAAACAUCCCGGGCCGGCACUAGUUGUGGUGGUGGGAACGAAGAAUGUGGUCUCUUUCGGUGUGACGUAUGGAUUGACUCCAAUGGUUGAGAAAUGGGGCUAUCAGACCGCUUUUGGUGUGUUGGCUGGUAUUUUUGGCUUCAUUUUUCUACUCGGUGUCCCUGUGUACCUCCUUAAUCCGAGAUGGCGUGCCUACAUGUCGGAAAGAGAAAGCAGAACCGAAAACCAUGUUGGCACUUGA